GCACACCCUGGAACAAAGAUUUACAACUGUGACAAAUAUGGAGGGUGGUCUAGUUUGGAAAAUACUUGGCGGCAAGUUGCAGAGUUCCGGAACUAUUUGGAUGAAAUCGGAAAAAUGCAUUCUGAUGGCAUCAAUUUAGUGGGAUACUCUCAAGGAGGACUAAUAGCCCGAGCUGCUAUUCAAACGCUUCCUUUUCACAACGUUAAAACUUUCAUUUCACUAUCAUCACCACAAGCUGGUCAAUUCGGAGCGAGUUUUUUGCGUCUGAUAUUUCCCGAUUUGGCUGCUAAUAAUGCGUACGAACUUUUCUAUUCCAAUGUGGGGCAGCACAUAUCAAUAGCAAAUUACUGGAACGAUCCUGUAGAGCAAGACUUGUAUUUUAAAUUUAGUAAAUUCUUGCCAAUUAUAAACAAUGAAGUUAAGACAUUGAAUUCUACGCAGUACAAAAAUGCUCUACUUCGCUUAAAUAAAAUGAUUUUAGUUGGCGGCCCAAAUGACGGCGUAAUUACUCCGUGGGAAUCAAGCCACUUUGGGUUUUUUAACCAAACCUUGAAUACAGUACCUCUACACAAACGGCAAAUUUAUAUGGCUGAUACCAUUGGUUUGAAAACUCUCGAAACAAAUGGCAAAUUAAUAAUUGUAAUCAAGCCAUUUGUCCAUCAUCUUACAUGGCAUACAAAUCAACGAGUUAUACGGGAAGUGAUUCUUCCAUAUUUAGAUUAAAAUACAUAUGUUUAGUAACACUGCAUCGGACUAGUCCUGUAUGCUGGGCUAUGCUGUAUGUUGUUUCUAGAUUUUUCCUGUUAUAUACGAGAUGGACGCGGGAUUAAAUAUUCAAUGCCGAUCCCGAAAAUAAAUUUCUUAUUCUGUUUAGC